UGUAGGUACUGUGAAGUGUGAAUGACUGAUGUGUAUUGUGCAGCCCUAGAUCGGAUAAAAUUGUUUCGCAUAAUUGCGUUUAUCAUAAAUAAUAUUAUAUUUUAUUGUCGAUAAAUACAUGCAUUAUGAUUACUUUAAUGCCCUGACCCCAAGUGAUGUUAUAAAAUUGUAUACUUUGUGAGUUAUUUCGGUAUUCAGUGACAUUAGAGUGAAGUGCCUAAUUUGAACAUGGAGGCUAUAGCAAAACACGAUUUCACUGCAACUGCUGAUGAUGAACUGAGUUUUAAGAAGAACCAAGUACUCAAAAUACUUAACAUGGAGGACGAUAUGAAUUGGUACAGAGCUGAAUUAGACGGAAAAGAGGGACUUAUUCCUAGUAAUUAUAUUCAAAUGAAAAGUCAUAGUUGGUAUUAUGGCAGAAUCACAAGAGCAGAUGCAGAAAAAUUGUUAGCAAAUAAACCUGAAGGAGGCUUCCUUAUAAGGAUCAGUGAAUCAAGCCCUGGUGACUUCUCAUUAUCAGUCAAAUGUCCUGAUGGUGUGCAACACUUCAAGGUGCUCCGCGACGCGUCAAGCAAAUUCUUCCUAUGGGUGGUGAAGUUCAACUCGUUAAACGAACUCGUCGAUUACCACCGCACGGCCUCUGUUAGCCGCCUCCAAGAUGUCAAACUUAGAGAUGUGGUGCCUGAAGAGAUGCUGGUACAAGCGCUGUACGACUUUACUCCUCAAGAGGCGGGUGAGCUAGAAUUCAGGCGCGGUGAUGUUAUCACCGUUACCGACCGCUCCGACCAGCACUGGUGGCAGGGGGAGAUAGCGCACCGCCGCGGACUGUUCCCGGCCUCGUACGUGACUGCGUACCAUUCAUAGUGCCCGCGCGUGCGAUGCGACGCACCGCCAACAAACGCGCCCGUUAUCCCCUCCCGCCCCACUCGCUCCUGACACCCACCUUCACCCAUCAACCUCACAUACAAAUCGGUAAACCUAUAUUCACUUGUAUUAGAUUAUGACGAUAAACUAUUAAACUUAUAGCAAUAAUUAUAAAAAAAAACGGCCCGCAGUCGAGGGAUCGCCUUACAUGUUUUAUGGUGCUUUAUGACCAGAUGCUUAAGUCUGCUGUUACAAUAAUUGUGUCUCAGUGCUCGAUCGAUCACAAAAAAGUACUUAUGAACCGAAUAACAUAAUAAAAAAAAUUAAUUAUUAUUUGCAACAGAUAAACAAAGAAAUUUGUUUGCAGCAUGUUUCCGAAAAGCUAUGCACCCAUUUUUACUUAAAUAAUUGAAUGGACGAGCGCAAAGUAAACACGCAUUGCUGUCUAUCUAGUGUUGAAACGGAAAUUGUAUUUAUUGACAAAUUGUUUAAUAUUCAUCGAUAAAAGUUCAGCUGCUGGACUAAAGGCCUCUCCGAACUGGCGGGUGUGUCAAUAAUAACGACGCUGGGCAGACGGGUUUGUAAUCGCAGUAGAUGUUAGUAGUAGCACAAAGGACGCUCCUGCCCAUUCUCGAAGGGGAGGGUCCAAUCCGCAAUCAAAGAGUCGAUGUUCGCUUAUAACAACCUCGAAAAUCGCUUUAAAAUCGAUCUUAUAUGCAUUGCAUUGAAGCUCAAAUUUGCCUUCAUUUCUUUAGGUAGGACUUUUCGCACAACGUUUGAAAAACAAGAAUUAGAAGUUGGGUUUGCGACUCCAAAAUGCUUGUCAUCAGGUCCAUUUUACUUUGACGGUACAGAGUUUGAUACUCGAAAACGGCUCCUCGAUUCGUAAAUCUUGUACUGCUGUAUUCUGUUCAGUUGUCACUACAUGGCCACAGUUAAUAUUAAUAAAUGUUUUAAUUUAUUUUUUCAUUAGUACUAUUUGUCUUUGAUCGACCACAGACAAACAGUUGUAAACUCAGCCUUGGCCCAGCUAUCUGUUAUAAUGGCUAAGCCGCCUUAGCUCAUUGCGAGUGCAACACCAAUUUAUGCAGUACAAAAAGAAAUUAUACAUGCCGCGUCCAUCAUUAUUGAAAUUUGUGACGAAUUUAUUUUAUUUGUAGUCAUGUCAAUUCGACGGAUGAACGUUAUAAUCGUUCGCUUAAACGUGCCAGAAUAUUAUUUUAGAGUUUUUUUUUAUUAAUUAAUAUAUGCUUAGUAAUAAAAAUUACGAAAGGGGUCGAUCGGUACAUCGAUAUCGCUGAUAUUCCCUGAAACAGAUUUCAAAAUAAUGUGAUUGUUUUUUUUUUAUUAUAUAUAUGACGAAUAUUUAUCCGUUUAUAGUGUAUAAUGCUCAUUUUUUUAAAUAUUUACCAUUUUACUUGUUAGUUAAGCGCUAGUUUUAAGUUCGUUUGGUUUCAUUAUGCAUAUUCGAUAAACAAUCAUAUAAUCUGGUACGGUAGUCAUAUCAAUCGUAACGUCCUCUUAAGCUUAGCUUUCCUUAGUCGUAGGCCUAGAUCGACGAUUUGUGUUGCGCACAAAGCGAAAAAGAAACUCGUUUGUAAUAUUAUAUAUUUUAUAAUCAGUGAUCCUUUUUAUAUUGGCAAUGUUUUUAUAGAACGAGUGUACAGAGGUGUUUUAGAACAAUAUUUACGAUCCAUGUAUAUUAAUUACAUUGUGCUUAGUGGAAAGGCUUUUGAUGUGUUUAUUUGAAUGGAAUUUGUUACCCGUUUUAGUGUUUUACAAAUAUGACAAUCGAAGUGUCGUGAAUAACAAUUGUUGUUUAACGUGAAUAAUCAUAAGGACGGCGUAGUUCGUAACUACGAAACUAAUCGGAGAAUUUUUACCUUGGAAGCGUUCGCACCGUGGCACCCGAGUGUCAUUGUACUUAGUUAGCGUUUAACAAUUAUAGUCAAGACUUUGGAAUUAAUAACUUUGAGUGCUCGUUAAUCCAAUGUAGAUAUUUAUUUUUGUUAUUGUAAUGUAAUCGAAAAUAGCCCUUUAUUAAUCGAAACGUAAUAGGAAUUAAUCGUAAUUGAAACUUAAUAGAAAAAAAAACGUAGGGCGUCAAUAAAUAAUAAAUAAUAUUUCUAAUGGAAAAAUAAUUUCUAAUGAGAGUUAUUCCCUUUCAGCGAAGCAUUUAACUGUGUGUAUUAUAGGAGAUAAGUUGGUAUCGCAACGCACAUGUGAUUUUCACGAUCUGUAAAGUCGGUUAGAGAUCCCAACUCGCUAUAAGCUGUGACAAUUGCGUUUGUCAUGAGAUAACUAUCCAUAAAUCAUUUUAGUGCUAUAAUCUAUAAUAAUCAAAUAUUUAAAUAGUUAAGUUAUGAUUCUCCAAUAUUGUGGAAGAUGUAUAAUAUUUUUUACUAAUAAAUUUAAUAUUGUAA